CUACAGAAACACAAAGCAAAAUACGUUCCAUGUUCAGUACGUGCAAAUAAAAAAAAAUCUCAUCUAAAAAUUCAAAAAAAAAAUCUUAAACCUAAACAAUGGUGAUUGCCAAAAAAGGAUGCGUUCUGCAUCCAGGCAUCAAAGAGGUAAUAUACGUUUCGAUGCCAUCGGUGCAAGUUCCGAAAAGAUUCGUGGAAAAUCCGCGAUGUUAUCGGCCGCGCAGCACGAGCGUGGUUCGCCUGUCACCCUUGCGAAUUAGAAAAGCUGGCAAUUACGGUCACGAACGCGACUUGAACCUGAACACCAUCGCCUCCAACAAAUCGGCUCGUCGCGUGCGUUUUGCACUACCAACACCAAACAAUACCAAUACGAAUAAUACGAUUAAUCGAGUUGGUGUAAGCAGUAUAAGAAUGGUGCCGCAACAGCCGCCGCAGUCGCAGCCGCAAAGGAUGCUGCCGACCGCGGCGCGCCGCUUCUCCACGACGGUCAUCGGCGCGUCGACAUCGCAUUCACGCUCGAGCCGCCGUCCGGGCAUCAUCACAACAUCCGAACUAGAAACAACGCGCCGGCCCAUCGCCGUUGUGGUACCAGCGCGCCGUCCCCAUUGUUACGCUGCGCCCGGCGAGCGUGAUAAUCCAGUAAACGUGAAGGUGGCAGUUGCGGCAUCGCCGGGAGUGCGCGCCAGAGUCCAUCCAACGGGACGAUACGCGCGUGGCACGCUGUCGCCGACCGCUAGUGCCGCCCCCGUUAUGGGGGCACCCCCUGUAGGCAAGGCAUUAUUACAAGCCGCCGCUGACGGGGACGAUGACCUGCUGAGGGAUCUUCUUCGACGCAGUUCAAUCAUCAGCAUUUCCGAAAGUGAACUCAAUGCAACCGAUCGCAGUGGACGGACGAUUUUAAGUCAUCUUGCGUCUAAUGGUCCUGCAGAUGUCCUUGAACGUAUUCUGUUACUCCCUGGUUUACGCCCUAAUCAACCGGACAAUGAGGGUAACACUCCCCUGCACUUUGCCGCACAAGCAGGCCAAACCGAAUGCCUCAAUUGCAUGCUCACACGCUGCAAGACAAUUGAAGUGGAUGCAAGAAACAACACGGGAUUCACUCCGCUAAUGAAAGCCGCGCUUCAAGGCCGGUAUAAAUGUGCCAAGAUGCUUUUAUUCGCAGGUGCUAACCCAACAUUAAAGGACGACGGCCGUGCAUUACGUGCUGACCAAUGGGCGCGAUUCUGCGGGCGGUACGUUUGCGCAGACGUGAUUGAAAAACAUGCGAGACAAAAACUUCUCGAACGUACCACUUCCUAUGGCAAUUGGGGUACAGCCGCCGAUCGGACACCUACCGCAUGCAAAGUACCUAUCACCACCACCAUUGUACAACACUCCACCGGGAUUCGUAGUAAAUUGAAGAAAGUCUUCCGGACUUCCUCGUCGGGCGCAGCCGCCGCAGCAGCAGCCGAAGCAAACAGCGUGCGUUUAGUUACGCAACUGACAACGGCGGCGCUGUGUGCAAGCACACCUGUCUUACCAGCCGCCCCGAGUGUGCCACCAGUCGUAAAAUCACUUAUUCGCCCGUUAACAGUGCCACGAUUACAAAUCACCCUUGCGAAUGGUGAUGGCAACGGUGAUUACUACGCCACUCCUGUUGUCACUCAAACCACGACGAGCACCACAGUCCGGACGAAGAAGAAAAGCAAGUGAAACAAGUGAGUGACCAGACAGAUUGUAUUCAAGUGAGUGUGAAAUGAAAAUGGCGGCCUACCCAUAUUAAUAUAUCUAUAUAUCCGUACUUCCUCCCCCAGUAAAUUUUAAAUUAUCAUUUAAUAAAUAAUAUCAAGUCGUA